UCAGUCUCAGUAUCAUCGUCUUUUUAAUGACAUAACUCCUUUGCUGCAUGAUCCACCUGCCAAGUUAUGCCGGCUUUUAGUUGCAUUUUUCAAAUCUGUCCAACUGUUUCCUUAAUCCUUCCCCUUCUUAUUCCGCGCGCAAUCAAUUCAACAACUGUACGUUGGACAACCUGACUGGGUCCGAGUCACUGCGCAAUUUUGCUGUUGGCCAUAUCGAACCUGAAAGGGAUUGGGUGCCAUGGAACACUAAGAAGAAGAAGAAGACAAUCGAGAUUUUUAGUCACCGGGUUAUUUUUAUAACCUAUAAGGAUGGCUGAUGAGAAAUCUGUAGUACAAGAAUUUAAAUUAGACCCGGACUGCGAACUGAGGUUUGAAGUGGAGAGUAAAAAUGAAAAAGUCAUGUUGGAGUUAAAGGGUGGCUUGGCAGAAGUAUUCGGGACAGAAUUGGUAAAGGGUAAAAAGUAUGACUUUACUUCUGGUGCAAAGGUCGCAGUUUACACUUGGCAAGGUUGUACUGUUGAACUGGUCGGAAAAACGGACGUUAGCUACGUGGCGAAGGAAACACCCAUGGGUCUGUACUUGAAUUGCCAUGCUGCAAUGGAACGGAUGAGAGAAAUCGCGGAGAAGGACGACACUAGGGGACCGAUAACAAUGGUCGUAGGUCCUUGCGACGUUGGCAAGUCCACGCUCUGCCGAAUACUUCUGAAUUAUGCUGUUAGAAUGGGUAGAAGGCCGAUCUUCGUUGAUCUCGACGUUGGCCAGGGACACAUAGCAAUUCCGGGCACGGUGGGUGCUUUAUUAGUCGAACGGCCGUCUAAUAUAGUAGAGGGAUUCAGUCAGCAAGCUCCGCUAGUUUUCCACUUUGGACACAAAUCGCCACAGGAUAACGUAACAUUGUACAACUUGCUCGUCACACGCUUGGCGGAGGUUUGUUCAGACCGACUGCAAGCGAACAAGAAAGCUAAAGCAUCGGGCAUCGUCAUAAACACCUGUGGCUGGGUCAAGGGAGAUGGCUACAAGCUGCUCACACACGCGGCUCAGGCAUUCGAAGUGGAUGCGAUUCUGGUGUUGGAUCAAGAAAGACUUUACAAUGAAUUGGUGAGGGACAUGCCAGACUUCGUGAAGGUUGUUUUCCUGCCGAAGAGCGGUGGCGUCGUCGAGAGGAGUCAGGCGCAAAGAACUGAAGCUAGGGAUCAGGGUGUGAGAGAGUACUUCUACGGUUCUCGAACUCCACUAUAUCCGCACAGUUUUGAGGUCAAAUGGAGCGAGGCUAGAUUAUACAAGAUUGGAGCACCCUUUCUACCGUCGUCUUGUAUGCCAUUGGGCAUGAAAGCCGAGGACAAUUUGACGAAGCUGGUGGCGGUUACACCAGGACCUAGUUUGCUGCAUCAUCUACUGUCAGUUUCCUUUGCUGAUUCUCCUGAGGAUGAUGUGGUGCAGACUAACGUGGCUGGAUUCGUCUGUGUGACGAAUGUGGAUGUGGAGAGACAGACCUUCACAGUACUCAGCCCACAACCUAGACCACUACCAAAUACAGUGCUGCUACUAUCGGAUAUACAAUUUAUGGAUAGCCACUAAUAUAUGAUAAAAACUUUUGUAAUAUACAAGAAUUUUAGUUACUUAACUUUUUAUUAACAUGUAUACGUGUGUGUGCAUGUACAUAUAUAUUUGAAUGUGUUAAAUAGCAGAUUAUACAAUUCUUUAUAUAUAUGUAUGUAUAUUUAAUAAAUGUAUUUUAUAUAAA